UUUUUUUUUUUUUUGUUCUGUGAGUUCUGGUUUCCCAUCUAACGGUUUGGUUUUGGCAUUCCACGACACGAGGGUAGGGCUAGGCUCGGUAGAUCGAUUCCAAUUCUCUCUCUGAGCAUUUGAAUUUGUAUUUCCAUCAAAUCAUCUUCAUCUCAACCCAAUCCCUUUCCUCUUCUCCCCAAUUCCACACCGCGUUUAAUUCUUCCACGUCAGGAGUGGGAGAGGAGGAACCAUCAUCAACAUAUUGAAUUGCAUCGUUUAUUCCCAGGCAAAACUAGCUCUCUUUGUUUUAGCAUCCAUCUCAGUUGGAAAGUCUAUCGCUCUCAGCAGCAGUUCCUUGGUCAUACAUCAUCAAUUCAUCAUAAUGAUGGAUGCAAUGCAAUGAAAUAAUUCUGCCGCCAAUGCGGGCUUGAAAGCCCAUUAGGUUCCCUCCUGUAUUCAUUCAUUUUUAUUUUUUUUGAUUGAUUGUUCAUUCUGGUUGAAAUCCUAUAUCCUUGUUCAGGGAUUGGUUUCCCAAUGUACUGAACAAGUUUUCAAUUGGAUUGCACCACGUUAGGGGGGGUCGUGGAUUGCCAUGGAACUUAAAGCCCAAAACAUUCCCCCCUUUGAAAUUUCCCAUCCUCGACACCGUCCCAGAAGCAGCGUCCAAUUUGAUGAUACUGCCCUCUUUCAUGAUGACAAUGCCAGCCUCAUCUAUGUUAAUGAUCCCAUCAAGACAAAUGAAAAUUUUGAGUUUGCCGGGAAUGAGAUCCGGACCAGCAGAUACACUCUUCUCACCUUCUUGCCCAAGAAUAUUUUCAUUCAAUUUCACAGGGUUGCUUAUGUUUAUUUCCUUGCCAUUGCCGCUCUCAAUCAGCUUCCUCCGCUCGCUGUUUUUGGGCGAACUGUCUCCCUUUUCCCCCUCUUGUUUGUGCUUUGCGUCACAGCUAUCAAGGAUGCCUAUGAGGAUUGGCGCAGGCACAGGUCCGAUCUCAAUGAAAACAAUCGAGAGUGUCUGGUUCUUCAAUCGGCUCAGUUCUGCCCCAAGAAAUGGAAAAAUAUACAGGCUGGUGAUGUCAUUAAAAUCUCUGCUGAUGAGAUGAUUCCUGCUGACAUGGUCUUGUUGGGGACGAGUGAUCCAAGUGGGAUUGCCUAUAUUCAGACAAUGAAUUUGGAUGGAGAAUCAAAUUUGAAAACAAGGUAUGCUAAGCAGGAAACUGCUUCAGCCGUGUUGCCAGAUGCUUGUGCUGUUUCUGGAGUUAUUAGAUGUGAGCCACCUAAUCGGAAUAUUUAUGAGUUCACUGCCAACAUGGAAUUCAAUGGUUGCAAAUUUCCCCUUAACCAGUCAAACAUUGUGCUGCGUGGUUGCAUGCUGAAGAACACAAAUUGGAUAGUUGGUGUGGUGGUUUAUGCAGGACAGCAAACAAAAGCGAUGUUGAACAGUGCAGCUUCCCCUUCCAAGAGAAGCAAACUGGAAAGCUACAUGAACAGAGAAACUUUUUGGCUGUCGGUUUUUCUUUUUAUCAUGUGCGCAGUUGUUGCCCUUGGGAUGGGUCUCUGGCUGGUACGCCACAAGGAUCAGCUUGAUACCUUGCCUUACUACAGAAAAACAUACUUCAAUGGACCGGAUAAUGGAAAGAAAUACAGGUAUUAUGGGAUUCCAAUGGAGACAUUCUUCUCCUUUUUGAGUUCUAUUAUAGUUUUUCAGAUAAUGAUACCAAUAUCUCUAUACAUCACAAUGGAGUUGGUUCGAUUGGGUCAGUCAUACUUCAUGAUAGAGGACGGGGAUAUGUAUGAUGCUAACUCUGGAUCAAGGUUCCAGUGUAGGUCAUUAAAUAUAAAUGAAGAUUUGGGUCAAAUACGCUACGUGUUUUCAGACAAGACAGGAACACUGACAGAAAACAAAAUGGAGUUUCAGAGAGCUAGUGUACAUGGAAAGAAAUAUGGGAGCUCCUUGCUUACGGCUGAUAAUAAUACAGCAGCAGCCAAUAGUGGUAAACGAAGAUGGAAGCUCAAAUCUGAAAUUGCUGUUGAUUCUGAACUAAUGGCAUUGUUGCAGAAAGACUCAGAUAGGGAUGAAAGAAUUGCUGCUCAUGAGUUUUUCCUUACAUUGGCUGCUUGUAAUACUGUGAUCCCCAUUAUUAGUAGCAGUACAUCUUCUAGUUGUGGAAAAGGAGAAUCAAAUGAACCCAGAGAAAGUAUUGAUUACCAGGGAGAAUCUCCUGAUGAACAAGCUCUAGUUUCUGCUGCCUCUGUAUAUGGAUAUACUCUAUUUGAGCGAACAUCUGGAAACAUUGUUAUUGAUGUCAAUGGUGAGAAACUCAGGUUGGAUGUAUUGGGCCUGCAUGAGUUUGAUAGUGCACGAAAGAGGAUGUCUGUUGUUAUCCGGUUUCCGGAUAAUGUUGUUAAGGUGUUGGUUAAAGGUGCUGACACUUCAAUGUUUAACAUUUUAGCACCUGACAAUUCAGGCAACAAUGGCAUACGGCAUGAAACUCAGAGUCAUUUAAGGGAAUAUUCUAUGCAAGGUUUACGAACUCUUGUUGUUGCCUCCAGGGAUCUUUCAGAUGCUGAACUUGAGGAGUGGCAAAGCAUGUAUGAAGAUGCGAGCACUUCAUUGACAGAUCGAGCAGCAAAACUACGUCAAACAGCGGCUCUUAUAGAAUGCAACCUAAAGCUUCUUGGAGCAACUGGAAUUGAAGACAAGCUACAGGAGGGUGUACCAGAAGCCAUUGAAUCCCUGCGGCAAGCUGGAAUCAAGGUCUGGGUUCUUACCGGUGAUAAGCAAGAGACUGCAAUUUCAAUUGGUCUUUCUUGUAAACUUCUGAGUGCAGAUAUGCAGCAAAUAAUUAUAAAUGGCACUUCAGAGGUUGAGUGCAGAAAUCUCUUGGCUGAUGCCAAAACAAAGUAUGGUGUGAAAUCUUCAAGUAGAGAACAACAGAAUCUAAAAUGCAAAAUUGAUUCUAGACAUGGAGGCCCUGAUAUUCCCAAUGAUACAAAAUCCUUGAGCAUGCCCAAGUGGAAUCCAGGAAAGGAAGAAAAAACUACUGCUCCAUUGGCACUCAUAAUUGAUGGAACCAGUUUGGUUUAUAUUUUAGAGAAGGAAUUACAGUCAGAGCUUUUCGACCUUGCAACUUCCUGUAGGGUUGUGCUAUGCUGCCGUGUUGCACCCUUGCAGAAAGCAGGAAUCGUUGAUCUGAUAAAAAGCCGCACAGAUGAUCUGACAUUAGCUAUAGGUGAUGGGGCAAAUGAUGUUUCAAUGAUCCAAAUGGCAGAUGUUGGUGUUGGAAUAUGUGGGCAGGAAGGGCGCCAAGCAGUGAUGGCAUCAGAUUUUGCUAUGGGACAAUUCCAGUUCUUGAAUAAAUUACUUCUAGUUCAUGGACACUGGAAUUACCAGCGUGUUGGUUAUUUAAUUCUGUACAACUUCUACCGAAAUGCUGUCUUUGUGUUGAUGCUAUUCUGGUAUAUAUUAUGCACUGCUUUUUCUACAACUUCUGCAUUAACAGAUUGGAGUAGUGUAUUUUAUUCUGUGAUAUACACAUCUAUCCCUACUAUCGUUGUUGGUGUUCUGGACAAAGACUUGAGUCACAAGACACUCUUGCAGUAUCCAAAAUUGUAUGGUGCAGGUCACCGGCACGAGGCUUACAAUAUGCAGUUAUUUUGGUUCACAAUGAUUGACACACUAUGGCAGAGUCUUGUUCUCUUCUACAUUCCUGUAUUCAUCUAUAAGGACAGCACAAUUGAUAUAUGGAGCAUGGGCAGUUUAUGGACAAUUUCAGUUGUUAUCCUUGUAAAUGUACACCUGGCUAUGGACAUUAACCAAUGGGCACUAGUUAGUCAUGUUGCUGUUUGGGGAUCUAUAAUCAUUACAUAUGGUUGCAUGGUGAUAUUGGAUUCUAUACCUGUCUUUCCGAAUUACGGGACUAUUUAUCAUUUGGCAAGGUCCCCUACAUAUUGGAUGACAAUUUUGCUUAUAAUAAUUGUGGCAUUGCUACCUCGGUUUCUUUGCAAAGCUGUUUAUCAAAUCUUUUGUCCUUCGGAUAUCCAGAUAGCUAGAGUAGCUGAUACCAUGAGAAAACAGCAUGGUGAUUUGCAAUCAAGGCUACCAGUUUCCAAUUAACUUGUAGAAACUAGAGAAUCUCAUUGGAAUGGUUUCCAUUGUAUUUGUCCAUCACAUUGCAUUCUUGUGGCAGUUGGCUGUACAAGUGACCAGGUGAGUAGCAGCAGCAGAUUGCACCAAUGUGAAAAUAUACUUACAUCCUAUAUAGUAAUCAAGUGUGUCGUGGGGAAUCACAUGUAAAGUUAUCAAGCAAUUAGUCGUGGUUGAAAUGAGAAAGGGGGCAUUGGCGACAUGAUUAUGAUCCACUGGCCUUGAGAGUUCCUUGUUUGAGAGAAUGGUUACAAUACAGGGUAACCUGAUGUACAAUAGUUCUGUAUAAAUCAGGCUUAUAUUAUCCCCAUUUUUGAAAAAGAAAAGAAAAGAAAGGAAUAAAUUGUCUCAAGAAAGGAUAAAAUAAAAUAAUGUAAUUUCCACAAUCCAUAUAUAGCUACCCUGUCCAGAUUUUUAGUCAAUUCAGCAGCCAACCCUGCAAAGGGCUUCAACUAGAAAUUCAAGUUUAAAGGCACCUGAGGUAGAAGUGGACAUGAACAGUGGAAGUCUUGGCCCAUAAAACGAUUUUGAAACUUGUUCACUCGAUGAAGCUACACUGAAAACCCCAAGCAAAUUCAUUUAUUCUGUUUACGUUCCGGAGCGACACUUCUAAUAAAACUAACAUAAACUUCAAAAUAGAUGUUUACAUAUAGAUCCGGAAGAAACAUGUAUAGAUAUGGUUCCAAACAAACAUUGAACUCAUUUUUUUAAUCUUUUUAUUGCUAAAUAACGCUUGUUUUUUUUCA